CAUAUAUGAAAGCUUGAAGGAGGAGGAUUGCCAGCGAAAAAGCGUCACUGGUUAAACAGGUUCUGGAGUGUCAACACAGAGAAAAGGGACGUUCUUUUGUGGAUCUAAUUCAUAUUUUAGGAGCCGUGAGUGGAUAAACUGACUAAAGGUUUUUCCAUCAGGGUCUUUGGAUUGAAACAGGAAGUGCCACCCGGUCCCAGCAAGCCCCCCCUCAUCAUGUCUGGCUACCCCAACCAGGCCCCCUACCCGGUGCCCCACCACGGGGGCCAAUCGGUCGCCCCUUAUCCCGCAUUUCAGGGCGGCUACGGCGACCCCGCUCAAGCUCCGCCUCCAGGUUUUAACAUGGAUUACAACCAAGGUCAAACACCUCCUGUCAUGUUCCAGCCGGGACCCGCCCCUGGUGGGCCCCCAAUGUACGGCGGUGGCCCCUCCCAGGCAGCAGUGGCCACUACUGGUGUUGUUGCUGUCGGGGUCCCGCCAGGGCUUGAAUACCUCAUGCAGAUCGACCAGAUUCUCAUCCAUCAGAAAGUGGAACUCCUGGAAGCGUUCAUUGGCUUCGAAUCCAACAACCAGUACGAAAUCAAGAACAGCCUGGGCCAGAAGAUCUAUAAAGCCAAGGAGAAGAACGACUGCUGCACCAGGAACUGCUGCGGUUCGCUACGAAGUUUCGACAUGAAGAUCAAAGACAACUCCGACCGAGAGGUCAUCCGCCUGGUGCGACCUUUUCGAUGUGUUUCCUGCUGGUGUCCCUGCUGCCUGCAAGAGUUGGAGGUCCAGGCCCCACCGGGCACCACGGUGGGCUACGUCAAACAGGACUGGCACCCUUUCGUCCCUCGCUUUUCCAUCCAGGAUGCCAACAAGGAGACGGUGCUGAAGCUGGAGGGUCCUUGCUUCGCCUGUAACUGCUGCGGGGACGUCAGCUUUGAGCUGAAGAGCAAAAAUGGCGGCCAACCUGUGGGUCGCAUCACCAAGCAGUGGAGCGGACUUUUGAAAGAGGUCUUCACCGACACCGACAACUUUGGUAUCCAGUUUCCUCUGGACAUGGACGUCAAGAUGAAAGCUGUCCUCCUGGGCGCAUGUUUCCUUAUUGAUUUCAUGUUCUUUGAGAAGGUGGGCGAGGCCAACCAGCGCAGCACGGUCUUUUCGUAAAAGAAGAGGAAAAACAUCAAACUAUCCGUCCACCCGUCAUGGCAUUGUAUAUGCAGCAUAUGUAAUAUUUGUCUUGUGUACCUGUUGCCAUAGCAACUGAAGCCAAAUACCACUAUAAAACAUACUGGCCUUCAACCUUAGUGCCUGAUGAUUGUAUAUUAUUAAAUAUUAUUAACAUUGUAGCAUACAGAUCAUCGCAUAAACAACUAACUACUACGUUACAAACUACCUACUUUACUACACUUUUAUACUCUGUUUUUUUAACGUUUCAAAGCAAUUAAAGCACCAGAUACAGAUGGUAAAAUGCA